ACUGCUCAGCCUUUCAAUUAACCUGUCGGCAGGCUUUUCAUUAGCGUGCCUUCGUUAAGUCCCCAUGCAGCCUCCCUGGCCUCGGCCAGCGGAUAUUACUCUCUGCUCACUGUAAAAAUUUUCCACUUGACUGUUCGCCCUUUCCCCUGCAUCGUUAACAAAAGAUUUCAUCCUAAAAUGGACUCUCAGGGAUGUCUUAUUAUUAUAUUAUUUAUAUGUCGAGAAUGAACUCUUGAUUCCGUUUCUUCUUUUCUCCAUCUUAAUAAGCUUUUAAUACUCUGCGGAAGCCAGACAAUCCCCCUUUGGCAAUUGAGUUUUCUUAAAAGCCUCUUUGAUGGCCUUUAUCAAAAAGCACUCAGGAAAAUGUAUUAACUGUUCUCCAUUAUCCACUAUUUUGUUGUCUUAUCAUAAGGCGAAUAUUUUUCCCCCCAUAUAUUGUGAGCAUGCAGACAGUUUUUAACUCAGUCUUUAAUUAUUAUUUCAAUUUUCUUGCUGCAUACCACGGCACUUCCAGGUUCUGAAUGGACCCUUGCAAACAUAUUCAGUUGAACCGUGUCCUCUUCCCUUUUUCGAAGGGAAGUCACUAAAGUCAUCAUAGUGAAGCAGAGAGCCAGACUCAUAUCUUUUCCUUUUCUCUAGGUCCUGUCGUGCGAGGCCAACUCUCCAGGCAGCUCUCCAGGCACUUCAGCCUCCCAGGUAGCUCUUGGCUCAGCCUGCCUGUUCCCCAGCCUUCAGAAACAGAACACAGCCCUAAAAAACAUAUGUCUUCUUCUGAGCCCAUCCUGGACCUCAAGACAGACGCAACAGAAGCACUUCCAGUCCACAGUGACUCAGAGGAGCCCAGACCAGACCCGGGGACGAGGCAGGACCCCGCCAGCUCCCUGUGUGGGUGUGAUGCUGCAGCCUCCAGCACCAGCAGUCACAGUGAGCCCAGUCCUGCUCCAUCCACAGGUGAGAGCAUCUUGGGCAGAGACCCCACGUCAGAGCAGGGGGACCCCAGCCCUGUGGACUCUGUGCCGUGUCCAGAAGCCCCCGAGGAGUGCCCUGCUCGCCCCAACACCCUGGACUUGUCCAAGUCACUGAAGAAGCUGGAGGAAGUGAAGCAGAUGGGGCAGAGACGUAACAGUGACCACACAACAGUGAAGGAGAACGGGGUUGGGAGCAGCCCUGUGGCCACAGCAGUGAGUGAGGAGAGGAAGGCGCUGGAGUCUGAGCUGGGGAAGUGCAUUGAGGACUUCCGAAAGAUCAAGAUCCCUCGUGCCUUUCCCAAUAAGAAACGGCAGUGGCAAAGCGAGCUGCUGAGGAAGUAUCAGUUGUGAGGGGUGCAGUGAGGCUCUCUGGGGGUACCUGCAGUUGGUGGGUGGCACAGGGCAUCAGUAUGUCUGGGGUGAGGAGUGUAGGCUGCUCCUUCAACAGGCAUUGCAAGCCUACAACUAGGGCAGCAUGCUCCUUAUCAUGGCCAUCAGGAGGGAUGCAUGCUGUCCCAAAUGGUAUGAGUACAGGUGAAGGGAUAUAAAAAAGGGAAGGGGGCCCAGGGAGAAUCACCAGGGGAAAGCUAUCUUCCAGCAGGAGCUCUCAUCUUUGUGCAAACGAGUUUUCCCGGUGUUUCAAGUAAUAAAAUAUAGUUAA